CGCUCAAGAGGACCGGGCCCGAUGAACGACAAUCUGGAAAUUGGGUUCACAACACACCAAGGAUUGGUGAAGUCGAGUUUUAGGCCGAAUCUUCCUCGAGGGAAGAUGGCAGAUGAAGAGGACCCAGCCGACCUUUUCGCUGUCCCCGACCUCUGGCGGUCGUCGACUUGGCUCAAUUUCUCAGUCGACGGCAGCAACACCAUCAACCCCCUGUUCUCCUUGCAGGUAUCGAGUGCAGCCGGUCCGGGAGCAUCCGAGAAUCUUAUCGAGACCGGCACUCUCUGUUCUGGGAACGAAGCUGUGGAACAAAAUGAUUAUGUCUUCUUCAAACUGCCCUCUCUCCUCAAAGAGUUGGCCGGCCAAGAAGAGGUGCAACUACAGACCAAGACCUGCGAGCCCGGCAUGACGAGCAUUGAGGAUCCGGAGCUCGAGUCUGAACCAUCCACAAGUCAAAAUGGUAAUGAGCAAGAAGAAGAUUUCUGGUUGUCUCACGACAACGACUCUGCCAAGCCCGUUGUGCUGAGAACCUGGGAGAGCUUUGAGCAGCCCGAGCAAGAGGGCAGCCCGCCCCUCUUCAUCUCCGAGGCCGGCCCGGCUGCAUUCGAUGCGCUGUUGGCGUCCAGUCAAGGCGCCAGCGACGUACCCGACAUCUUAGAUGCCGGGUCUUACUGCGCCUGUCUGCUGAACCUCGCCCUCGGGAGGAGCUCUGUUCUCUUUUCGUGGGACUCUGGGAAGAACUCGUUCGUCAAAACGGUUCCUUUUCUCAGAAUAUCCGGGCUGUCUCUGGACUCGGUCAAGGCCGUCGACAGCCUCUGCCUUGAGUGCGGGAACUCAGCCAGGCAUCUCCAGUCGUUCUCCGAGGAGACAUACUCGGCCGCCUCCACUCCUACCCGGAUCGCCCUCGCUGGGGUUGUCGGGCGCCUCGUGGCCGUGGUUCGAUCCGAGCUCAGAAACAACAGCGAUGCCGCGAGGUCAGUCCUUCAGCUGCAAUCCAUCGUCCGACCGGCCCAGUCUGUCCUCUCCUACUUCAGGGGGCUGGUCAAGAAGCUGGCCCAUCAGGAAUCCGACGAGGGGCUCCUGUCUUGUCUGUUCCAAGAAGUCCAAGCUUCCGAAUAUCGCGACGUCCUUCUGAAAGAGGCUACUCGGGAAGUGCUGCGGAUAGUAUCGAAACCAUGGACUGACCUGGUCGAGGAAUGGAUCGGUCUCAGGCCUGAAGAAGGAGGUUCCAUCAGCAAGAUGAGCUCCGGAAAAGGCUUUAUCAGAGUUGCCGACAAGAUGUGGAUUGAUGACCAAGGCUUCGAGCUGGAAGAGGCCGACUACUUUUUCGACCAGGAUAGAAUGCCCACGUUCAUCCCUGGGGAUAUGGCGCAGUCCAUCUUUGAGGCUGGCAGGAACCUCCGAUUCCUGCGUGAGCACCAUCCGGAACACCCACUCUCUAGGCCGGACAUGGUCUCCUUGGCGUCGCCGCCGCCUCUGGAGUGGGAGUUUGACUGGGAGGCAGUCUCGAUGCUUGAAGCCAAGGUGAAGCAAUACCGGAACGCAGUGUUGGGUUUGACUCGUGGAGGCCCUUCAGAUACACAUGGGACCGCAGCGUCCUCCCGUGGUAAUAAGCGUAAAUACGAGGUUGCCAGACUCGAAUACUUUGGAAGGGAUGAAGCGGAAGUUGAAGCAAACCUGCUUGCUUCCGUACGCCAGCUCGACCAGCCACCGCCGAAUCCUGAGCCGCGGGACGAGCUCACUCGCCUUUUUCGGGAUCGUUUAUAUCGAGCGCCCGACGGGCAGUUCCACUCAAACAGCCUUUCUCCCCACGGAGCCCUGGUGCCUUUGUUGUCCUUCGGCCCGGUCAUUGAAGCACAGACGACCUUGAUCAACCACGAAUGCAUGAAACUACUAUUUAGCUCCCACCAUCUCCGCCUGCACAUCGAUCUCCUUAAACAGUACUUCCUGCUGGGCAACGGUCUCCUCGUCAGCCGGCUUACCCAUGCCCUCUUUGACCCGGACCUCUCCACCGCCGAACGCCGCUCCGGGGUCGCCCUCGGCGGCGGCACGAUGGGUCUCCGCCUAGGGGGCCGCAAGACCUGGCCGCCCGCAAGCUCGGAGCUCCGCUUGGCCCUCAUGGGCGUCUUGUCUGAAUGCUACGAACCCACCACCACCACCACCACCUUCUCCUCCUCCUCCAUCACCGCUAGCACCGCCGCAUCCGGCAGGAGCAGUAGUCCCAAACUCCCGGGCGACCUCAGCUUUGCUGUCCGCGACCUUAGCCCGCAGGAAAUCGACCGCUGCAUGGACCCGCACUCACUCGAAGCCCUCGACUUUUUGCGGCUCUCGUACAAGCCGCCGCGCGCCCUCGGGCCCGUCAUCACCCCGACGAUCCUGUCCAAGUACGACCGCAUCUUUAAACUACUACUGCGCGUUCUGCGCAUGCUAUACGUCGCCAACUACAACCUCUCUUACCAUCGCCAUCGCCAUCGCCAUCGCCGUCGAAGUCAAAGUCAAAGUCGAAGUCGGAGUGAGAGUCGGAGUCGGACUCGCAGGGAUCACGCACGAGUCGGAGAUGAAGACGGGGAAGAGGAGGAAGAAAGCAAGGCGGCCCGCCGCUUCCGCAUCGAGGCGCGGCACUUCAUCCACCAGGUCGCGGCCUACUUCUUCGACGUCGGCAUCGGCGAGCCGUGGGCGCGCUUCGGCAGGUGGCUGGACGCGGUGCAGGCGCACGUCCAGGCCGAGCCCGGUGCUGCUGCCGGCCAGGGCCCGUCUGUCGUUGUCGCGCCCGGCGCGGGCAAGACGGGUGCGGAGAGGCAGAGACCGCCCCGAUCCUCCUUCUCCCCCUCCUCCUCCUCCUCCUCCUCCUGCGCUGCUGCCGCCGCAACCAGUCCGGACGUGCUGCGGGAGAGGCAGGAGCGCGUGCUGGACGAGAUCAUGGGGGCGCUGUUCCUGCGCAAGCGGCAGGCGCCCGUGAUGGGGCUGCUCGAGGAGGCCUUCGGCGUCGUACUGAGGUUUGCGUGCGCGACGGGGGAUGUCCGGGGAGCGGGGAGGGAGGAGGAGGAGACGGCGAGGGAGCUCUAUCGGCUGUUUCGGAAGAAAGUCGAGGUCUUCAUCACGGUCUGCAAGGGGCUCGGCGAGAAGAUGGCCGUCUCCAAUGCGGCGGCGGCGGUGGCAGCAGCUGCGGCUCCGGCUAACGGCAGUUUCGAGCGCGGAUUAGGACCGGGAACGGGAACGGGAAGAGGGGAUGGGGCCCGUGUCGAGCAGCUGUUGCUGAGGCUGGAUAUGGCGGGGUUUUAUGGGAGGGAUAUUGGCAGGCGAUAAAGGGAUUGGUUGGGACGGUGAUGAUGGAAAAGUACACGAGUCUUUCGGUUACUCUUAUGAUUGAAUGAUACCCCUCAGUUUCGAUCCGAUAAACUGCUUUCCCGACGUUGGACUGCCGUGUGCCGACUAGCCGUGUGCUUAGAAUACAUUAGCCAUCAGCUGGAUCAGGGAAAAGGCCCCGAUCCGGACUGAACACUCCCAUUGGGACCUUUUCAGUAAACAAGUGCUCUCCGUCUGUCUCCUCGAGGCCACGCUUCUACUUGUGGCUUACCCUGACAAGAUGCGGGAGAAGACAAUGAUGUUGCUCGCUCUGUCCGCCACCUGAACAACCCAACUUGGAGCUUGGUGAAGAUUGGUCUGGGUCGACUGAGUGUUUUCCAAGUCAAAUAUUCAUCUGGCACGAAUGCAGGCUACUUUCAGGAGCUAGUAACUGGUGUUACUUUGA